CCGGAUUUGUCGAUGGUGAAGGAUGCUUUUCGAUUAGUUUUUCUUUACGAAGCAAAAUGAAACAUGGUUUUGAAGUGAGACCAAGUUUUUCUCUUGCUCAAAGGAAAGACAAAAAUCGUUUAAACAACGCUGUUCUGGUUGAAAUUCAAAAUUUCUUUCAAAUUAUUCCUUAUUUUGAGGUUAAUAUGUUAAGAACUUCUAAAAAAAUGGAUUUUGAAAAAUUUAAAAGAAUUUGUCUUAUUAUUAAAUCUAAUCACCACCUCGCAAUGUCAGGAGUAAAAGAAAUUAUUGAUUUGGCAUUUGAAAUGAAUGUUUCUGGCAAAAGAAAAUAUAAAAAAGAAUUCCUUCUGAAAUUAUUGGAUAAG